CUCAGGGGCGAGCAGUUUCACUUACCCUCAGUCGCUCCCCGUGCGAGCCACCAAAUGCCGCAGUCUGGCUGGGCACAAUCAGGAGCCACUUGUCAAAAGAAACUAACUUUAUUUUUAGAACCACACACGCCAAACAAAACAGUCUCUCAGGAAAAACCCUCAGAGCCUCAACUGCCACCACCGGCUUUCCACAAGCCUCUCUCUCCCACACAAGCUUCUCUCCACCUCCCACAAUCCUCCUGCUCUUGAGGCCGAUUGGCUGGGUCACGUGGGCGGAGCCAAAAAAGUCCCCCAAUGAGCAGCUCCGUGGUCUGAAAGGGCAGGGAAACAGCCCAAUGAGCAUCACCACAGAGGAGCCAAUCAGCUAGAUGUUGCUGGGACCGAGGAGCCAAUCAGCUAGAUGUUGCUGGGGCCGCUGUGAGCCAAUCAUCAGCCAGCAGCUGGAAGUUUGCUGGCAGCUGGAAGUUUGCUGGGGCCCCUUUGGCUGUGGCUCUCAACAGAAUGCCCUUUUGCCCUUUUCACCACUUCCAUUUAAUGUAGUCCUUGAAACUCUAGCCAGAGCAAUUAGAUAGAUGAAAGAAAGGAAUUAAAGAAACACGGAUAGAAAAAGAAGAACUCAAACUAUCACUAUUUGCCAACAACAUGAUUCUAUACUUAGAGGAUCCAAAAUAUUUCACAAGAAAACUUCUAGAAGUCAUUCUGAAUGAAUUCAGUAAAGUAGAAGGAUAUAAAACCAACACCCAUAAAUCAAAUGUGUUUAUGUACCUCAGUCAUAAAUCCUCUAAAAGAGAAACUAGGAAAACUACCCCAUUUACAAUAGCCUCAAACAAAUAAAAUAAAACAAAAUAUUUGGGAAUAAACAAAAGAGGUGAAAGACCUCUACAAUAAAAACUACAGAAUGCUAAAUAACUAAAUUAAAGAAGACCUUAGAAGAUGGAAAGAUCUCCCUUGUUUUUGGCUAGGCAGAAUUAAUAUUGUCAAAAUGACCAUACUACCAAAAGCACUAUACACAUUUAAUAAAUUUCAAUCAAAACCCCCAUGACAUUCCUCAUAUAAAUAGAAAAACACAAUUGUGUAAACCAUCUCGAAAAAUAAGAGACCAGAAUAGCCAAAGCAAUCCUUAGAAGAGUGAAGCAGGUGGCAUCACAAUACCAGAGAUUCAACUAUCCUACAGAGCAAUAAAAGCAAAAAUGGCAUGGUAUUGGCACCAAAAUAGACAUGUAGACCAGUGAUACAUAAUAGAAGACACAGAGACAAACCCACAUAAAUACAGUUAUCUCAUACUAGAGAAAGGCACCAAAAACAUAAUGGAGAAAAGAUAGCCUCUUCAACAAAUGUUGCUGGGAAAACUGAAAAUCCAUAUGCAGUAAAAUGAAAUCAAGUCAUUAUCUCUCACCAUUCACAAAACUCAACUCAAAGUGCAUCAAGGAUCCAGGAAUUUGACCAGAGACCCUGUGCCUAAUAGAAGAAAAUGUAGGCCCAAAUUUUCCUCAUGUCAUAUCAGGCCCUGAAUUCCUUAACAAGAUUCCUAUAGCACAAGAAACACAAUCAAGAAUCAAUAAAUGGGAUGGAUUCAAAUUAAAAAGCUGCUUCUCAGCAAAAGAAGCAAUCAGUAAGAAAAACUUUUCAUGACCCCUCUACAUUAUGCAUGUGCCUAUGGCCAGGCAGAAGUGGUGGCUUUUCUAGUAAAGAACAAAUGCAACAUUCACCUCUGUGACAGUGACAACAACACACCUCUGAUUAAGGCCAUCCAACAGCAAGAAGAAGAAUGUGCAACUAUUCUUCUAGAAAAUGGUGCCGAUGUAAAUGCCCAGGAUACCAAUGGUGGAACUCCUCUCCACCAUGCUGUCUGUACUAACAACACAUCAGUUGCAGCAAAACUGCUUUUACAUAAGGCAAAUAUUGAAGCCCAAAACAAGGAUGGCUGCACCCCACUUUUACUUGCCCUAAAGGAAAACAAACAUCAUAUGGCAGAAUUUUUAAUUAAGGCGAAAGCAAAUAUAUAUGCGGUUGACAUGAGAGGAAGAACAGCCCUCAUGCUUGCAGUGAGGUAUGAAUCACCAGAUAUAAUCAAGCUUCUUAUUGAAGGAGGUAUUGAUGUCUUUGCGGAAGAUGUGGAUGGAGGGACUGCAUUAUGUUAUUCUGUUGCUAGUGGCUGCAAUAUCCAUUAUUGCCAGAAUUCCUAUCUUCAUCCCAGUGCUGGUGAAGUCAAAGAUAAAACCAAUCUACAGCUUCUACAAUAGCCAUCACUGAACUGCUUGCAGAACUUGCCUGGACACAUUGUGAGCUCACCUGUAUGCAUUGUGAACUAUCUGUUGGUACAGCGAAUUGUGGUAGUGCUGGAGUAUUUUUGCUGAUUGUGUCACCGGUGGUACAAUUUUUCAAAGGAGCCCUCAAUUGGCUUAAUGUCAUGGCAUUUUGCAUCCUCCUCUACUAGUGAUGGUCUAAAAUUUGGGGGCCAACAGAGGUGAGGCAAAGAACCUCACCCCCCCACAGGUGCAAAGGCCUAUCCACAAGUAUGGCUGUAUGCUGGACCGGUAGUCAGUGACGGGUAUGAUCCAAUUGCAGUGGUACCAACCUAAGACAGGAGGCUGACGCCUAGAGGUCAGUUCAUCCGAUGACGGGUAAGGACCAUAUGUUGAAUUGGACUGCCUAACAGGCAAGGUCCCUAAGCCACAUGCUUGUUGUUUAAACAGAGAGGGGGAGAUGUUGAGAGCCACAGCCAAAGGGGCCCCAGCAAACUUCCAGCUGCUGGCUGAUGAUUGGCUCACAGCGGCCCCAGCAACAUCUAGCUGAUUGGCUCCUCGGCCCCAGCAACAUCUAGCUGAUUGGCUCCUCUGCGGUGAUGCUCAUUGGGCUGUUUCCCUGCCCUUUCAGACCACGGAGCUGCUCAUUGGGGGACUUUUUUGGCUCCGCCCACGUGACCCAGCCAAUCGGCCUCAAGAGCAGGAGGAUUGUGGGAGGUGGAGAGAAGCUUGUGUGGGAGAGAGAGGCUUGUGGAAAGCCGGUGGUGGCAGUUGAGGCUCUGAGGGUUUUUCCUGAGAGGCUGUUUUGUUUGGCGUGUGUAGUUCUAAAAACAA